GGGUGUGGCUUACGCACAUCACGUCUGUCCGCCAUUGUUAACGUCGAGUCGCUUUUGUUUGUGUUGUAAUCAGGAGAACACAACCAUCGUCUAUACCGUUUGUAUACAUAUCAACAACCUUCCAACCUCGGGCCCACUCCCAGCAGUUGUGCACAUGAUCAAACCACACACAUCACUAUAUGAGAACUGCAGGGUAGCGCGUGUGGUGCUGAUUUUCCCGCGGACAUAAGCGGUAGCCUGUAGCACUGCAGUGGUUUUACACCCGUACAUGAGGAUCUCACCAUGCAGGACUGCCAUGUUUAUACACAAGCAGCGGCAAACCUGUCCUCAUACUAGUACACGGGUUCUGAUCGUCUGAAGUGUCGAGCAAAGGUCGUAGAGCUGUGGCGUGCAGUUGACACCUUUGGCGGACAACCCUUCAGAAUAAUCACUACUAUCCGUCACCUUAAAAUAUUCCGAUAGAUAUUUUAUUUCCGGGGCAUCCGCAAGGUACAGAUUUGUAGAUUGAGUGAGAAUCUCUUGUCCCAGCGAUGUAUCCUAACACCAAGUUUAACCGGACGUUUCUCGGAGAUUUCUUCUACGUGCCACCCAAAGACGCUAAAAGCCCUCCCGAUCACCCCCAGCCUAAGGGCGACCUCCGGCGGAGUAAGUACGAAGUGCAGGUGCUGCCAGCAGGCCCUCCCCAGGAUGCACCGUUCAUGCAGCAGGCGGACUUCCGGAAACUCCGGCCGUCCUACGAGAAGGAACUGGCCAUCAGGAACUCCCUCAACAAGUUCGGCAGGAAGUUCACAGGUGACCCCGGGUACAAAGGUCGAGGCGUCCAGCCCGCCAAGACGCAACUUCCAGACGUUCCCAAGAAACCGCCGCCUCCACAGAAGCCUAAACGGAAGACGUCUUAUCCUUCAUUAGACUUCAAGACGUUACCUGAGCUCUAUCAAGAAAACCUGCGUAAGAAGGAGCAUCAGCGGAAGCAGCAGGAGAAGGAGGAGCUGCAGAAGAAACGGCGGGAGAAGAAGAAGGACAGUGCUGAUGACGUCAUCAGGCUGCCACAGUUGGCGCACGCCGCGCUACAGAAGAUGCACGACAUCAACAAGCAGAGACGUUCCCUGCCCGGCUCAGAGAGCGGACUGAAGCUGGUGGAAGCUCGGCACUCAGGGGCCUGGAGACCGCCGGCUCAGGUCUACACUCCGCCCUGGCCUCACCACAUCCCCUACAAGGACGGGGACCCGCUCAUCCCUUUCGAAGCCAUGUACCCGACCCCAGAAUUCGUGAAGAAGGAGCGUCGUGAGAAGGCGCGCACACACGUCCCCUACCCGCACAACCAGUCCUGGCGCCCACCCGCUGACGUGCGCACACCGCCCUGGCCGCACAAGGUACCCGAAGACAAGCGUAUCACGUGCCCUCGAGAGUUCCAGCACUACGUGCAGUAUCACAUGAUGCCCGGCCUGUAUAGUGCAGAUUCCGGUAUGAGGCCGAAGGUUCGGAAGGUGAAACCGAAGAAAGUCCGAGUGGAGCGGCCGGACAUCUGGAGCUUCGACUCGCAAAGAUUCGUGUACAGGUCCAUGCAUCCUGCACUUCAGAUAUAAACCGCCAGGAGCGCAGAGAUUCGUGUACAGGUCCAUUCAUCCUGCACUUCAGAUAUAAACCGCCAGGAGCGCAGAGAUUCGUGUACAGGUUCAUGCAUCCUGCACUUCAGAUAUAAACCGCUAGGUACGCAGAGAUUCGGAUGGGGGAUGAAAUUUAGAUUGCUUUUAAAUAUCUUCAAAAUAUUCAAAGAAUCAUUUGUAGAAAAUGUAAAUGACUUAUUACAUGUCAGUGAAGGAAAGUUUGAAGAGUUGCAGUUAUAUUUAACACGUUGUUACCUUUGGAAUAAUAAUCAAUAAUAAAUAGUAAUCUUCAAGCAGAUAUUAGUUACCCUAUCAUCUGCUUAGAGAUU